ACUUAUGAAUAUUCAUAGCAAGAAACCCUCCAAUGAGUGUUUUGCUGUCACUCUUUGUUGUACAGGCCAGGAGCAAGUUCCUUGUUUACAUUCAUACCUUAUACAUAUUCAUGAAUGGGAUUAUAAUGAGAGCCCCUAAGGGGGAGAUAAGCAUUCAGUUUUAUACUAGGUGUUUAUAUCGCUGUGAAAUAGGCUUACUCUGGUAGUCUGGUACUCUAAAAAUGCAAACAACAAAACCUCUAAGGUAAAUAAUUUAGCUGUAACCAUCCUGGUCGAUAGAGAUUUCACCCAUCUCCCUAUAAAACAUACAUGCUAGAAGCUCAACUUCAAACGACACAGACAGGUGUAAUAAGUUAUCCAUGGUGGGCUAAACGGGGUCUGCCAAAACCGUUGGGAAGAGCACGCUCCAACCCAUUUAACCCUGGCUGUGAACUUGAACCAGAGCUUAGAACAUUCGCGACACACCGACGACUAUGACGACUCACCCAUCGUGAAGAGUUGCACGGCUGACUCUCUCCCUGGCACACUGGCACACUGGCACACAGCACUGAUUGCAGUCAGUCGUCUGUUCCCGGACUUUAACCGGCACUUUUGUUGUCAUCUUUGUGACACUGAUGGGGAUCUGUUUAUGAGCGUGUCAGUAUACUAUUUGGUACCCAUUGAGGAAGUAUCAGGCUUAUGUUGCUCCGUCUCUCUCUCUCCCUCUUUGUGUUUAUCUCGCUCUUAGGAGGCUUCCCUUACAUCCAGUUUUCAUUAUGAUUAAUCAUCAACAAUUAGCUAGAAUGACCUCUUGAUUUGGAGUACUCAAGGACCAGACUUUUUAAAGCAACUCCAAGCUUCUUAGUCGUCGACAACACAAUUUAGCAGCCAUUAUGAGAUUUUAAUUUUGACAAAUUACCUUGGUUCUUGCUGCAUUUUGCUAAUGAUUUGCGACUCAUCUUGCCUUGUUAGUUGUCAAUGGAUUUCUUACAAUUGAUGAUUGUGUGCAGUGACAUCUAGCCUUUUACAUCAUCUUGGAAUUUAUACCUUGGAAAAAAGUUGAAAAACGAGUCAAGGAUCUUUCUUCACAGAGCAUCCCCAAAUUUGACGCAAAUAGCAGAAUCUGUUUCGAAGUGAGCUAUCUUUUCCCUCCGAGGGUGCAUCCCCUAAAAUCGACGGGAACAGCAGACACUGUCAAAUUGAGCCAUUUUUUUCUCUCUCUUGGCUGAUUUUCCUAAAGUGUCAUGAGAAAGGUAGCCUGAUUUGAGGCAAUUUGCUCGAUUGAAAUUGGAUAGGACCCAUCCAAUCGUUUACCGAGAAUUGAUCUCCAUCGAUCAUCGUCAUGUACGCCAACGGUACUAUGACACUGGGGAGGGUGAGAGCUAGGCCCAUGCACACCCAGACACAGUACAGCACCUAUAUACCGUCCAAUCCUCCGCCGCAACCAGUAUAUGGGAGUCCUACAAGGAUGGCUUUUCAUCUUGAGAUAGAUGUGUGGCUUCAGACUCUAGAGCUAGAGGAAUAUAUCUCUCUCUUUCAAUCGUACCACAACGUCAAGGAACUGCUGCAUUGGACCGAGAAGAAUCUUCUAGACCUCGGGAUCCGUAAUGCUGCUCACCGAGCGAGACUGGUGUCCAACCUUGUCUACAUUAGAGAGAAACUCAAACGGACAAGUAUAGCUGGUACUGGACUACCACCUCUUGCCUCCACCCCGCCCAGGUCACCCAGGAUCGUCGGCACACCCAACCAAACACCAGGAUCACCGUCCAGACCACACUUUAGAUACAGUUCAAUACCAGAAGAUCAUUUCAGUAAGCCACCUCCGUCCCCAAUCAGGACCAAGAUGAGUCUCCAAGACAUGACUCCGGAGGACCUCCGCAAGCUGCUCGAGGAGGAGUUCAAGCUUCCAAGUGAAGAUGUUAGGAGCCACGCCUGGUUCCACGGAGGAAUCAGCCGUGAGAAAGCCGAGAAACUGAUACGAGAGAACGGUGAUUUCCUUGUGCGGGACUCCAUCUCUAAACCUGGGAACUUUGUACUGACAGUGCGAUGGAAGGGAGUGUCAAUGCAUUUUGUUGUGAAUAAAGUGGUGCUGAAGGCACAUUCACCAUACGCUAGCGUCCAGUACCAGUUUGAAAAGGAGUGCUUUGAUGCGAUCCCUUCUCUUAUUAAGUUCUAUGUCGGGAACUGCAGACCAGUGUCGCAGGCGUCUGGAGCGGUGAUCCAGCACCCGGUCAACAGAACUCUACCGCUGAGCUACACCGACAAUAAAUAUGCUGCAACCAACAAGUCCCAUUCGGGUGGAUACAUCUACGGGCAACUGCAGAAGAAGGUCGUGACCCCUCGCAGGGCGUCGAAUGGAGGUGAGGGGUUGCGUCAGAGAUCGGGAAGCAACCCCACACCGUUUCAUCUCAAUGGUGGGGUGGAGAAACAGGUUGUGAACCGCGCUGAUAGUCAUCCGUUGCUAGGGAGGAUCUCACCUUUAUCAUUGUCAUCCUCCCCUACCCCGUCUCCAUUGUCAAGGGAACAGAGAGGUUAUACCAGGACAGGGAGUGAACCCAUUUUGAGUCCAAGCAUGGAAUAUGCACAAGUAGGACCAAUUGAAAGUGACUAUGCAGAGACAAAACCUUGCUUGAACACCUCUGCUUCAGACGAUGAAGGGAGCAUAUCAAUGACAUCCAUUGACGGAUCCUCCACCACUGCAUCCCCAGCCAGAGUUCCUUCUGUCUCACCUACACCACAGAUACAAGUGACUCCAGACCCUAGUGAGCAGACACCUUUAGAAGGCGAUGCUGACACCAAGGACACAACUGAGUCAAAAGCAGAGUCAACGACAGAGUCAAUGACAGAGUCGACAACAGAGUCGACAACAGAGUCAACAACAGAGUCGACUUCACAGUCAACAGCAGAGUCAACAGCACUGUCACAGUCAACAGCAGAGUCAACAUCUCUGUCAACAGCAGAGUCAACCGCACCUGCACCAGCAAUGACCUCAACAACCGUAGAGACCAAAACUCCAUCUCCCCAGACCACCUCUUCUCUCGUCCAACCAAUCAUAAGAGAACACAUUUAUAGUGAGAUUGACCUUCCAGUAGAUCCUGUGGAUCCCAAAGACACUAUCCGGUACACCAUGCUGCAUGAUGAUGAUUCCAAUCCCAUCAUCCCACCGAUCAUCCAGGAGCCGCCUCAAGAAUCAUCCCCAGUGCAGAUCGAAGAACAGAAUCUUGACGUGAAGCCGCGAAAGCGGGUCAACUCUGGUACUCGAUUCUCGGUCCUGGAUAGCGACUACUCGCGGGUCGCGCAGCGGUCAUCGCCGAACCACCUUGAGAAGAAACCGCAAACCUUGCAAACUAACCUUCCUCUCCGUGAAACGGAGUCCGUCUUCUAUCCUCAAGACUUUGUGUCAUCGCUCCUACAACCAGAGAACAAACCUUUAGAUAAAACCUCUAUGGAUACCAUCAGGCAGAUGCUGUUUGAUGCAAACCCCUUAGCCCUUGCCAGACAUCUCACACUUGUCGAUACAGAGGUAUGUAGAAUAGGGCAUGGAUGCAACAACAACUCAAUGCCUGGCUUGGAGCUGCUCUGCCUCCCUCAUGGUGGACAGUUUAGACUAGACAUCAUGGAAAGGCACAAUUCACUCAAGAUGUUUUGCAUGGCGACCCUGUUGACCUGUGAUGACCUAGAGGUCAGAGUUCAAGUGCUGCAUCAGUGGAUUCAGCUGGCGGAGACAUUGCGUGGUUCCCUGGGUAACCUCUUCAGUUUCUCUACCAUCAUGGAUGCUCUCGCAACCAAACAGGUUGCCUAUCUGAGAAGCACAUGGGACCAGCUGAGAUCACGUUUCACCAACACCGCCGUCAACUACGACACCAAGCUACGCUCCCUGCUCAAGUCCAUCAAUGCUGGUGAGAACGUGGUCCCGCUCACCAAGACCAGCCUUCCGCACAUCCUACCCAUCAUCCAGCUCCUAGAGCGUGACUGGUCCGCAGCCCUGGACCGAGACUGGUCCCAGACGGUACCCAAGGAGGUGUUGCUCACCGUUCCGAACGGCGAGACUUGGGAGGAAACUGCACCGUCCUAUGGCUUGGACAUUAUGCUUGGCCAUCUGCAGAAUGCUCACAUGUUGGCGCAACAGACCAAUCUCUACCGUAUCAACGCCCAUGCCAAGCUUGCCAAGCAUCCACCAGAAGAAGACCUCCUUGAUGCGUUCAAGACGGAGCUCCAUCUGAGGCUCCUGUGGGGGAGUAAGGCCACGACGGACAAUGCCACAGAACGAUACAGACUCCUAGAGCAAGUACUCAGUAUCAUGGCUCAGAAAAUUGAAUUCAGUGGCAACAGCGUAUGACACAGGAGAUGCUAGCUAUUGUUAUAACUGUACAAAACAUUAUAAUAGAGCCCUGGCUUUGGUAAUGGCUACCACUAUAGCUAAAGAUAUUCUCUACAUGGUUAUGCAAGCUCCAGGAAUGCAUUUUAAACAAGACGGAAACUUGGCAACCCUGCAGUCCUGAUAGGACCAAAGCUUAGGAAAUAUUGACGGUAUUAUGGUGAUAUAGGUUAUAAGAGGAAAGUAUGGCCAAGACCUGUUUAGCAAGAGUCUUAUGAGAUAAAUCUGAUUGUUCAUGUCAGAGUACUCGUCCAAUACGGUAAAACUAAAUACAUUGUGACAGGAUGAUGUUAACAGUUUUUGAGUUUAGCUCUACUAAUCGGAACUUUACGGUCCCCUUGUAUGAAACACUGUUACAGAUACGACUCAUUACGCAAUGAGAAAUUUCAAUCUUUAUGAUCUCUUUCGAUUUUUGCAGUGAUCAUUUUAUAGUCCCAAAGCAUCGUCUUCCUUCCCAGAAUAAUAGGACCUAUUUUGAUGACUGAUAGGAAACCCCCAUUUGAAUAUCUUAAAGUUGCUCAAGCGUGGGUAUAUAGAGGGCAGCACACGUACGCACGCACAGGAGCGUAAUACCCAUUGGCUCAGUGUUAUGUAGUGAUCGGGAGUGAUCGCCAAGUUGCCUACUUCACGAACGAGUAUAUACCCACGCUUGAGCAACUUUAAGAUGUACAAGCUCCAUGAAUACUGGGUAAGCAGAAUUCAGAUCGAAGGAAGCGCUGAAUUUCUAUUUUAGUUCAUCAUUUCUAUCAUUGCAAGAAAAUAUACUAAUUUUAGUUUUUCUUUAAUUUUCUUUAAGUAUGAGGGCCCAGAAGUGUCUUAUGGUAAUAUGUAGAAAGAAGAACACAGUCUUAAAGAGAAGAGCAAUAAAUAAACUCUGAUUGUUAUGAAAAGAAUUGUUUAAAAGUGCAGUGCUGAAGUUUUCAUCAUGCAGAACAAAUGUUGCAUAUAAAUUUAAACAAAAAUCUCUUUUAUUUGUAUUCAUUUUAAAGAGAAAGAGAGCUCAUAUAUAUAUAUAUUAUUUACAGCUCUUUGUACAAACAAGAAAGAAUUGAAGUGUAUAGAGAGUUCUUUAUAUUCAGGCAAUGUUCUGUUACAAGCCUCUGUUGCAAAAACUGUAAGAUACUGUACAGAUAUACAUUAUGCAGAUUAGAAAAUAUAUUCAAUAGAUUUCUCAUAAAAGCAUGCGCUGUAUGUGGUGUUUUAUAUGUUCUACUUAUGUUGCUUUAUGUAUUUUUAAAUUGUGAUACUGAUGUGCAGAGUUUGAACCAAUGACUGAUUAGUGAUUAUUUAUUCUUCCCUCCCUGUAAUUUCUUUCACUCAGAGUUGCAAUGUUCUACAAUGUUGCACUGUUAUUACAAGACUUAAUUUUCACUAGGCUUUUCACACUUGUUAUAUUAAGGUCACUCCGGUAACCAAUUUCUUUGUUAACUUCCCUUUGAAACCAUCUCGAUUUCAGUCAGCGCCCGCUCGCUGCACUAGUGAGCAUGAUGACAUCAUGUGAUGUUAUAUGUCAUGCAUGUGCAUACUCCACACCAGUACAGCUAGUUAGAUACGUAAUGUCGCUAUAGAGAACGGCGUUCUAGAUUGAGGUGAACGUCAAAACCAAGGUGAAAGCGACCUUAAUUCUGGUAAUGCACAAGUUAGACAAUGUGGUGCAUGCGCUGAUGAUCAGAAUGACGUCAUCAUGUCACAGUUCACUUUGUCGAGGUGACAGUCGAAAAGCCCUUGUUGUUUAAUAUAUUUGUUGUUUAUUUGUUCUUUCAUUUGUUCUUACAGCUAGCAAGCUGUCCAAUAAUUUUUUUAAAUUUGUUUCCAUAAAAGCGUUUGCUAGUUUGCUGACACAUUGUGUUGGCGUAAGGAAAUAUUUGCACUAUGCUGCUCACUGCACUUUUCAUCUUGCAUUUGAACUGUAUCACAAAUGAUAUACAGUAUGUUCUUUUGUGAUGUCAUCAUGUGUUGUAUGCUUUUUCACUUUUAUCUUGCCAGAAUUUUUUAAAGCUUUUAUGCUUGUCAAGCAAUGGUGCUUAUUUUUUUUUAAGAUGUGAAGAUUUUUGUUAUCGGUUUCUGGUACAUAUAUAUAUAUCCUAAAGUAUGACAGAUUUUUUUUUUUUUUUUUUUUUUUUUUUCGUUUCUAUUCUAGAAAGUGUUGAAAUGAAUGUGGAGAACACAUAUUUGUUAAGUUUGUCUUAAUAGAGUGUUCACUCUCUGAAUUAUCAUCUGAAAAAUCAGAUUUUUUUUUCUUCACUGGCCUAAAAAAAUUUAGUGCAUUUUUCAUGUUUUCCUUUCUCAUCAUGUUGUUGAGGUUUUAAAGACAUAAUGACAAUUUUUUAAAGAGUUUAGUUAUACCUUUUAAAAUGAUUAUCUUUCAUGUAAUUCAAAAGUACAAUUCUGCCUGCCUUUAAUUCAUUUCACAUUAUGAAAUUUUAGGUCAGAUUAUGUUGAAUCAUUUUCUGUUAAUCCUUCCUUUUUUCUAGGAAUUGUUGUUGAAAUUUAAUAUUUUGCAUCUAGACACACCAAUAAGGAGAGUUACUAUACUACAAGUAUUUUCCUCUUUAACCCUUCAUGUAUAUGUGUCAUGAAAAUAUGAUGUCAUGUUGUAUAUUGCUAUUUGUAUCAUUGAUGUUGCAUUGGCUUUAAUAACAACAGCAGCAGCAGCAGCAACCACAAAAACAAAAUGUGACAGAUCACACUGGGCAUGCAGCGUAACACUCUCUUUGUGAUAUGACAGUUUCUUUUAAAUAUUUAAUACCCUGCGCUGGCUUGUUUUGGUUAUCUUUAAUAUAUCCGAUUGCGACUCUAUUUUGCUACAUAUAAGCAUAUAUUUGACAACCUUGAAACCUCAAGAGAGAACAAAACUAACAUUUCUGACAAUUUGUAUAUUUCUUUAUCCAUUGAAAUGUAUAACAAAUAUUACUAAGCUUUCUAUUCUUAAAAAUAGCUUUGAUUUUGCUUGAAUUAAGUUUUAUUUUCUUGUAGCUUAAAUAUGGGUAUUGGUUUUAACUAAAAUAGAUAUAUACGUGUUUGAAAUAAUGACUUUAAUAAUAGUCCAUUGAUACAAUUUGACUUUUCUUUUUAAUUCAUGGUUAAGUUUGCACUAAUUUUAUGAACAUUUCUUUUAUUAGGGUGUAAAAUUGUGAGCAUGUUUUAUCAUGGGAAACUUCCAUGUCAAUUAAAAAGGUUAUUUAAAAAAUAUUAUAUUUUCAAUGAUGGCAAAAAGUUUAAAGGGAGAUAUCAUGUGUUGAAUCCAGCAUUAUAAUCAAGAUCGGAGAUAGAUGAGUCUCCAUGUGCAAUACAAAAAAUGACCAGAUGUUAUGUAAUCCUUUCCACAAAACUUUGUAGGCCGAGCUGUAUUUUAUAAAAUAACCAUUGUGUAUCUGACAGAAGGGUACUAACUGAUGCUUGGUCAGUGGAUGUAUAUUUGAAUAAAAACACAUUAUAUAGAGUUUCGACCUUGCUUAUAGGGACCACACCUAGAUAUGCAUGGUUUGUGCAUCUUCUGGCUUUCCAGCUAUUUACUAUAUGAUUUUGUUAUACUUUUGUUACAGAACUAUAUAAAAGUAAGGAAAAAUAAUCAAUGUAUGUGUCUAUGCCCUGCUGCUCAUCACACAACAAAUAUAUCAUGUUGGAUAUUUUUGUGUUCUGAUGUUUCUUCUUCUAGACGUGGUCAACAAGUUGUGUUUUGCCUUAUGAGUGAUAUAUCCAUAUACAGUCAUGUAUUUACUAAAAGACUGCACUAUUCAAGGUUUUUUAUAUUGAAUAUUUCUUGUGAUUGUAUUUUCUUCUUGAUAUAUACAUGUAUAUGAAGCCACCAUGAUUUUAUUUAUUUUCCAAUAAAAGGAAAAGAUAAACAGUA